UUUAUUUUAAAUAAUAAUAAAUUAGAAAAGAAAGGUUUAUCCUAUCUGUUAGUACAGAGUAGAGAGUGCAAAAGGAAGAAGAACCAAGCUCAGCUCCAACGUCCCAUAUCCAUGGCCACAGCUAUUCUAUCUCUCUCUUCAACUUCACCUCUUACCAGACCAACCCCUUCUUCUCCAUUCAAGGGAAAUGUUGGGAAUUUGAAGUCAAACCCAUCUCAAAUUCAGUUUCUCAGACUCAAACUAGACAAUUUCCGGAGAGAGAGAAAACAACUGGUGGUUGUGAAUAAGGCAGCAGCUCGGACCCAAGCCCUGAUUUCAUCGGAGAACAAUGUUCGGUUCCGACUCGAUAAUUUGGGUCCUCAACCUGGUUCGAGGAAGAAAGGAAAGAGAAAAGGAAGGGGUAUAGCUGCUGGACAAGGAAACAGCUGUGGGUUUGGUAUGAGGGGUCAGAAAUCUCGCUCUGGUCCGGGAAUUCGGCGAGGCUUUGAGGGUGGUCAAAUGCCCCUUUAUCGUCGAAUCCCUAAAUUGAGAGGAAUUGCUGGAGGCAUGCGCGCUGGAGUACCUAAAUAUCUCCCCGUAAACUUGAAAGACAUAGAAGCUGCAGGAUUUCAAGAAGGAGAUGAAGUUUCAUUGGAUACUUUAAAGAGCAAAGGAUUGAUUAACCCAUCAGGAAGAGAAAGGAAACUCCCUUUGAAGAUACUUGGUGAUGGAGAGUUAAGCGUGAAGCUGAACAUAAAGGCUCGUGCGUUUUCAGAGCAAGCAAAGGAGAAGCUUGAGGCCGUUGGCUGCUCUCUCACUGUAUUACCUGGACGAAAGAAGUGGGUGAAGCCAUCUGUAGCGAAAAACCUUGCCCGAGCAGAUGAAUACUUUGCCAAGAAAAGAGCUGCUGCUGCUGCUGCUGAAGCCACUAAUGCAACCGAACCAGCUUCUGCUUGAGCGAUCACAGUUCAUACUCUCUUUUGGUAGAGCACAAGUAGCAUUUUCAUUGCUCUUUUAAGGCUUUUCAUUCUUUCUUGUAGUUUUUGAGUACAUGCUAUUGUACAUGUUUUUUUUUUUCCAUUUUUCUUUGUAAGACUAAAAAAUAGUAAGGAUGUUUUUGCCUCCCUCUAAAGCUGUAAAAGUGUAUUGUUUUCAUAUAAUGCCAACUGAAAAUUCUAUA